CUGGUUGUUUAGUUUUGUGUAUUCUAUGUCCUAUGUCUAUCCUAUGUUUUGUUGAUCUACCUUUGAGAACAGUCUGGCUCCCUUUGAUAGUCUCGUCUCGACAGACGCUUUCUUUUUAUAUUGGUUUCUACUACUGCCUCAACCAAACUUAACCCUAAGUGAACAAGUGAGUGAACAAGACCAAAGCAGCCCGAGGGACCCUGUCAUGAAGGGUAUAAGAAUGUCCCAGUUUGCUUCGAUUAGCUGCAUUCCAGAUUCCACCGCAAACACGCGAUUUUCUGCUUACUUUUAACCAUCAUGUCCAGCGAAGAACCCCACCUCCUUACCUUCACGGAUGUAACAGACCCUGAAGAACUCCAGGAAAAUGCGGAUUUGUGCGCAGCCAUGGCCUCUGCAGCACAGAUUAUGGACAACGUCGGCGUGUUGAACGUACUUUCAGGCUGGCCGGCUGUUUCCAUCCUGUGUGAUGUGCGAUUAAUCCCAGUAUGUAAUAUCCCCCCCCGGCUAAAUCGAGUGGUUGGAGCUAACUUAGAAUUCUUCAAGGAAAUGAUCUUUCUCGUGCCAGACGACCAGGUCCAGCAAGCGAUUGAUGCACUUGCUGCUAACCCCGGAUACCCUCGCUGCGUCGACCCCAGCUGUGCGGUCUUCAAGGAGGAUCGAUGUCCAAACGAGCCGCCGUCUGAUGAUCCCGUGCGAUUUGGGGUUGUAGGAGCUGCCCAUUUCCACGUCGUCCCAUCGGGGCUUCCGCUAACGCUCUAUCCAAUGUCCAAGAUGGUGUGGUCGCUCCGGGACUUGAAUGAUGAAAGCCCCCACAUCACGCUCGCAUCUGCGUGCAUGCCCGAGCCAUGGGCUGAGCUCUAUCCGAUCAGGGUCCUCACGCGGCGUGCCUUUGUCGAGUCUCUGAUCUUGUGCCGUUGUCGAGACUACGGCCGCAAUCCCAGUCUUGAUACGCUGUGGUGUCGACUGCUUCUUGCUUUCGCUGUGCGCGGAGUGGAUUUGUCUGAUGGAUUCGCACCUUUCUGGUCGGUCUUUGCUUACCUAGACGACGUCUAUGAUCCCGACGAGCUGUUAUGUGAGCUCCGUGAUAAACUGAUCACUAGGGACGGUCUCCCGGUUCAUCCUGACCACUGCCCCGACAGUUGGAAGUUUCGGUCCCGAGGACACUGGCGCCGGGCGUGCACUGAGAUGCUUUAAUUGACAAGUGCAGCCUGGCUCGUUGGAUCUGUCGUGUAGCUGUCCACUCGGCGCCGGACAGGAAUCUUCCAUCAAUCAGAAUAGCUUCAUAGAACAAUGUACCCCG